AUGAUUGAGGCUCUAGUAAUGCGCCUUCAAGAUUUCUUAAAUCCUUUUGAGGUAGCUUGUAACUCAUUAGGGGUAGGAAUAAGGGGUGUAUUGAGUCAAGAAGGGCAUCCAGUGGCUUAUUUCAGCGACAAAUUGAAUGAAGCCAAGCAAAAUGCUCUACCUAAAUUGAAUUCCCGCCAUGCAAAGUGGGUUGAGUUCCUUCAAGAGUACACAUUUGUGUUCAAACAUAAAGCUGGUGUAGAGAAUAAACCAGCAGAUGCUCUUAGUCAUAAGAUUUCUCUGAGUACUAUGAGUGUGGAAGUUACUGGAUUUGAAAGAUUGAAAGAAGACUAUUCGAUCUGUCCAGAUUUUGGGAAAAUAUAUGAUGCACCUUUAGAAGACAAAUCCAAAAGUGAUGAGUUUGUUUUACAAGAUGGUUUUCUCUUUAAGGAAAAUGACAUUCGCAAGAAACUCGAUCUCGGCCCGAACAUGACUAAAGUUCAGCAAGCUCUGAACAUCCCUGUUAGGUUCCAUGAAUGGCGUUGGUUACUGAGCGAACAUCGGAAGGAGGGCGGUGGUGUCCCUAUACCGAAGAUGUUGAAAGAUGGAAGCUACAUGGCUUAG